ACAAACAACAACUGUGGAUUAUUUUACUCCGGGGAUUCGUCUGCUUAAUAGAAUCUGUUUCUGAUCUACAGCUGACCUGCUCAUCUGUUACAGAAGAUGUCUCAAAGGAAUUUCUUCCAACCCUUCAUCAGAACUAUGUUUCUCCUUCUUCUUUGCAGCCUGGUUGUUGGCGAGAUCGGCAAGGACUUCUCCCGCUGCCCUAAUUUCUUCUAUAAUAAAACUCCCCCACAGGGUGUCAGGGCACCAAGAUAUCAGCCAAUAUGCCAGCGCUAUAGAAACCAGUACCACUUUGCCAGCCUGUAUGAUCGUCAGCGUCGAGUGCCUUUGUUCUCUGCCUACAUUCUGAGUCCUGCUGAUGGCAAACGACCCAAAUCCGUUUGGAUGUAUGAACCGCAGUUGGCAUUUUCCGGUGCCAGCCCAGAGAUGAAGCAUUUCGACACCCCUGUCGACCAGAAUGUGAUUGAAAGCCAGGCGGUGCUUGAUGACUACAGGAACUCCAGCUUUACCAAGGGUCAUCUCAAUCCUAGCUUGCACCAGAAGACGCUCGACAACCGGAAAGCCACCUUUACCCUGACAAACAUUGUCCCCCAAAAAGAAGGCUCCAACUCUGGACCCUGGAACAAACUGGAGAAUGAGGUGUUGAAUAGUUUCAAGAUGUUCUGCAACGGGACCAUGUACGUGAUCACCGGGGCCAUGCCAUACAAAUCUGGGGACCACUGGAUUAAUAACAGGGUGUCUGUUCCUGAAUACAUGUGGUCUGCCUACUGCUGCCCAUCAUUCAAAUCUGAUCUCCUUAAUAAUAUGAAGCAGUUUUUCCCCACGUAUGCUGCAGUUGGAAGAAACGACCCCAACAGCAGCGAGGAGAUUGUGCCAGUUAAUAAGAAUGCGAAGCCCAGUGUGCGGGGCUAUGAUGUGAGGAGGAUGCCGUUAGAGAACCUGGAGGGUAUCCUGGCAAAAAGACUGGCCAUGCCCAUCAGUCUGUUUGAUAACCACUGUCAGGCAUAAAAGCCUUUAGCUUGACUCUGAUAAACUCGCUGCAGUUUUAAUUAUUGAGCUGCUGCUUGAUUAUCGAGGACAUGAUGGACUGAAAUUGUUUUUUUCCCCUGAUUGACUUUGUAAAAACGGCAUUUCCCCUCCUGCUAAUGUCAUUUCGCUCACAUUUAAUAGCAUUAUAAUUUUCCAAUUAAUCAAGACUAAAGUGUGUGAAUUUAAAUGUUUAUUCUCCAAUAGAUUCAAAAGCCAAACACAGAGAGUAGCAAGCGCUCAGUUCUUUUAAAUAAAACUGCAUUGGUUUUAACAUGAGUCAGUUAUUGAUUACAUAUUACAAAUGUACAUUUGAGCUGGAACACCAUCAAUAAAUACUAAGUCUA